AUAACCCAUGUUGCUUGCUCAGGAGGAGCCGGGCAGGGCAGUAGCAGGCCCUCAGGAAGUGCGGCUUCUACGGAGUUGUUGCGGCGCAACUUUCUCAGCCCUCUUCUGGGCCAGGUGCAUCUUCUCAGACCCCUGUCUUCUCCUCAGUGCCCGGAGGUGCGGCUGAACAUCAUCUCCAACCUGGACUGCGUGAAUGAGGUGAUCGGGAUCCGGCAGCUCUCCCAGUCCCUGCUGCCCGCCAUUGUGGAGCUGGCUGAAGACGCCAAGUGGCGAGUGCGGCUGGCCAUCAUUGAGUACAUGCCCCUGCUGGCUGGACAGCUGGGGGUGGAGUUCUUUGAUGAGAAGCUCAACUCCUUGUGCAUGGCCUGGCUUGUGGAUCAUGUCUAUGCCAUCCGUGAGGCGGCCACCAGCAACCUGAAGAAGUUGGUGGAGAAAUUUGGGAAGGAGUGGGCCCAUGCCACUAUCAUCCCCAAGGUCUUGGCCAUGUCUGGGGACCCCAACUACCUGCACCGUAUGACUACGCUCUUCUGCAUCAAUGUGCUGUCUGAGGUCUGUGGGCAGGACAUCACCACCAAGCACAUGCUGCCUACAGUCCUGCGUAUGGCUGGGGACCCUGUCGCCAACGUCCGCUUCAAUGUGGCCAAGUCCCUACAGAAGAUAGGGCCUAUCCUGGACAACAGCACGCUGCAGAGCGAAGUCAAGCCCAUCCUAGAGAAGCUGACCCAGGAUCAGGAUGUGGAUGUCAAAUACUUUGCCCAGGAAGCUCUGACUGUUCUGUCUCUCGCCUGAUGCUGGAAGAGGAGCCAACGCCGGCCUCUGGUGUCCACCCUCCCCCCCCAGGUCCCUUCCUUGGGGAGACAGUGGGGGGACUUUGGCUGUCACUCCCUGUGCAUGGUCUGACCCCAGGCCCCUUCCCUCAGCACGGUUCUUCCUCUCCCCAGCCUGGGAAUCUGACUUCUCACUGCCCACCUCCCAAGAGGCUUGGGGGAGCCCAGGUGGGACAGGGCAGUGACCCUGGGAGGAAGGGGCCACUUCUGCCCGCAGGGGAGAGAUGUGAGCGUCCCAGGUCACUGGCUCCUGCUGCUGUAAUGGGGACCCCCUACCCCAUCUACUUCUCCACCUCCUUUCUCCCUUCUUCCUUUCCUUUACCCACCCCCCAGUGGUUUUUUUUUUGUGUGUCAACUGUGCCGUUUUUAUUUUAUUCCUGUUUUCCCUUUUCACAGAGAAAUAAAGGUCUAGAAAUAGCU